AUGUCUGCCACCCGUUCCAACGCUCUCCCCGAGGGCUACGUUGAGGACAAGUCCAAGGGUCCUAUGCUCCGAUACCAGGAGUCUCUCCCCAAGCUCCCCGUCCCUACCCUCGAGGAGACUGCCGCCAAGUACCUCAAGUCUGUGCGACCCGUUGCCUCCCAGCAGGAGUUUGAGGCCACCGAGAAGGCCGUCCGAGAGUUUGUUGCUCCCGGAGGAGCUGGCCAGGAACUGCAGAAGCGACUGGAGGCCCGUGCUGCCGACCCCAAGGUCAAGAACUGGAUCUACGAGUGGUGGAACGACGCCGCCUACCUCACUUACCGAGAGCCUGUCGUGCCCUACGUGUCCUACUUCUACUCUCACAAGGACGAUCCUCGACGAAAGACCCCCGCCAAGCGAGCCGCUGCCAUCGCCACUGCCACCCUCACCUUCAAGGCUCAGGUCGACAACGGCACCCUCGAGCCCGAUUACAUGAAGAAGCUCCCCAUCUGCAUGGACUCGCUUCAGUACAUGUUCAACUGCACCCGAAUUGCUGCCCGGCCUGCUGACUACCCCAAGAAGUGGGACGCCAAGGACCACAAGUACUUCAUCGCCAUGCGAAACAACCGAUUCUACAAGGUCCACCACGAGGUCGACGGCAAGACCCUGACCACCGCCGAGCUCGAGCAGCAGCUGCAGAAGGUCAUCGACACUGCUGACGCCGCCGGCAAGGCCCCCGCUGUCGGUGCCUUCACCUCCGAGAACCGAGACGUCUGGACCGACUAUCGAGAGGUCCUCCUCAAGAACGGCAACGAGGCCGCUCUCACCGCCGUUGAGGCCUCUUCUUUCCUCAUCUGUCUUGACAAGGCUGCCCCUGUCACUAACGAGGAGCGAGCCCAUGCCUACUGGCACGGUGACGGCCAGAACCGAUGGUACGAUAAGCCCCUUCAGUUCAUUGUCAACGACAACGCCACUUCCGGUUUCAUGGGUGAGCACUCCAUGAUGGACGGUACCCCUACUCACCGACUCAACGAUUACGUCUGCGACGUCAUGUUCAACGACAAGGUCGAGUUCUCCACCUCCAACCGAGGAGGUCUGGCUGCCCCCGAGGAGGUCAAGUUUAACCUCAACUCCGAGAUUGAGCAGGGCAUCAAGAAGUCCGAGGCCGACUUUGCCAGCGUCAUUGGUGAGCACGAGCUCGCCGUCUUCCAGUACCACGGCUACGGCAAGAACCUCAUCAAGAAGUUCAAGGCCUCUCCCGAUGCUUUCAUGCAGAUGAUCAUCCAGCUGGCUUACUUCAAGAUGUUUGGUAAGAACAAGCCCACCUACGAGUCUGCCGCUGUUCGACGAUUCCAGCAAGGCCGAACCGAGACUUGCCGAUCCGUCUCCGACGAGGCUGUUGCCUUCUGCAAGGCUUUCACCUCUGACACCGCUACUAACGCUGAGAAGGUUGCUGCUGCCCGAGCUGCCUUCAACGCCCACGUCAAGUACAUUGGCGACGCUUCUGCUGGUAAGGGUGUUGACCGACACCUGUUUGGCCUCAAGAAGUGCCUCAAGGAGGGCGAGAAGGUCCCCCAGAUCUUCCAGGACAAGAUGUACGGCUACUCUUGCAACUGGUACCUGUCCACUUCCCAGCUGUCUUCUGACUACUUCAACGGCUACGGCUGGUCCCAGGUCAUUGAUGACGGCUUUGGUCUUGCUUACAUGAUCAACUCCAACUCUCUGCAGGUUAACUGUGUCUCCAAGAAGCUUGGCUCUGAAAAGAUGCGAUACUUCCUGACCGAGGCUGCUGAGGACAUGAAGAUUGCUUUCGAGACCGAGCUUGCCGAGCCCAAGGCCAAGCUUUAG